AUGAAAAGCACAGCAGCACUUUGGCGGACGGCAGCCCGCGCGCCAUCGCCCCUGCGGCAGCGCGCAAGCCACCCCGAAGUCAAAAAAUUCCUACGUCUUUCAGAUGAACAGUGGUCUCUUUUCAUGCGCGUUUCCCAAAACGUGUGUGAAGAACAUGCAGGAUACAAGCUGAGCGAAAUCCCUUCCGUGGAGAGAAUACGCAUGCGGCGCCAGAUUCAAACUACAAUACGCGAGGUAGGGCUUCCUGCCCUCGACGACGAUGCGAUUGAGUGGCGGAUUUCGAAAUGCAUGCCUGAGCUCAGAGUGAAGAUGCGGGACAUUAAACACUGCCAUAACUGGGAGGCCGCCACCAGAACAGAGUUCCCGCGCCAGCUCCUUCGCGAAGCCGUGCUUGCACACAGCGACCAGAUUCCAAAGGAGAAUCUGCGCUACUGGUCACAUAUACCAGAGGAUGUGCGAAGAGAUAUCAUCGACGAUGCUAAUCGCAGGCUCGCUGAGAAAGGCAUGCCAGAGGUGGAUUCAAAAGCGCUCUUGUAUCGGAUUAGAAAGUACAUGAAUCACUGGAUUAAAAAAGGAUUCGUGCAGAAACCAAAAGACCGUCGAGGAAGCGAUUGA